GAUUACUCGCCUUUGCCCAGUGAUUGCCAAGCAUCUCUGACAGGGAGGAGAACUGUAUGUAAACAAUACAAUUCUCUUCCCUGUCAGCUUGUGCACACUGCUUUGGAUGUCUUCUACAUAGCAGAGCCAUACAAAGCAGUGUGCUUAAAUUGAAGCACACACACAGCUUACAGUAAAACAGCACACAGUUAACCCUUUGAUCACCCCACAUGUUAACCGCUUCCUGCCCAGUGCCAUUAAUACAGCGUCAGUGCUUUUCAUUAGCACUGAUCACUGUAUUGGUGUCACUGAGGAUGUCAGUGACACCAAGUCAGUUCCCCCCCAGUGUCAGAAUACCCGCUACAGUCACACUAUAAGUCGCUGA